ACAACUGAACACCACCAGAACCGACUGACUGUAUUUUCCUCCAACUGUUAGAAAAACCGAACAGGCUUUCGCAUGAAAUAUUUUGCAGCUCGUCGCUGCCGCUACAUGUGUUCCCCUCGGGUUUUAGACAGACUUUAAGUCGCGGUGCUGAAAUUGUCGGCAGAAUAAAACAACGGACAAAUAAAGCGAAAUAACGGCCACGGUUUGGGUGACAUGUCUGGUUCUGACUGCUGUCUAUUGAGGAGGGAGUCCAACGCAGAGCUGUAGUUUCUCCUGAAGAGGCGAGGAAUGCAAUCUGAGCAUCAAUGUUUCACUGGGGCAAGUGGAAGAAGAGGAUGGGAGCCAACAGUUCUUCAAAGAGACCCGUUUUCGACGAAAAGGAAGAUGUGAACUUUGACCACUUCCAGAUAUUGCGGGCCAUUGGGAAAGGGAGCUUUGGAAAGGUAUGCAUUGUGCAAAAGAGGGACACCGAGAAGAUGUACGCCAUGAAGUACAUGAACAAACAGCAGUGCAUAGAGAGAGAUGAGGUCCGAAACGUCUUUAGAGAGCUUGAGAUCCUACAGGAAAUUGAACAUGUUUUUUUAGUAAAUCUCUGGUACUCAUUCCAGGAUGAGGAGGACAUGUUCAUGGUGGUGGACCUCCUGCUGGGAGGAGAUCUGCGCUACCACCUGCAGCAGAGUGUCCAGUUCAGCGAGGACGCUGUCAAACUCUACCUCUGUGAGAUGACACUGGCACUUGACUACCUGCAGAGCCAGCACAUCAUCCAUAGAGAUGUCAAGCCAGACAAUAUCCUGUUGGAUGAACAAGGUCACGUUCACCUGACAGACUUCAACAUAGCAACGAUAAUAAAGGAUGGAGAGAGAGCCACAGCCUUAGCUGGAACCAAGCCCUACAUGGCCCCAGAGAUCUUCCAGUCUUUUGUAAGUGGAGGGACGGGCUACGCCUUUGAAGUAGACUGGUGGUCACUAGGGGUGACAGUCUUCGAAGUGCUGCGUGGAUGGAGGCCCUAUGACAUCCAUGCCAGUAACUCAGUGGAGUCCCUGAUUCAGCUCUUCAGUACAGUCAGUGUCCAGUACAGCCCGGCCUGGCCCAAGGACCUGGUCUCCCUCAUGAGGAAGCUACUGACAGUGAACCCAGAGCAUCGUUUCUCCGGCCUGUCUGACAUGCAGACAUCUCCCUACCUCGCUGACGUCAACUGGGACGCUGUGUACGAGAAGAAGAUGGAGGCUGGAUUUGUUCCUAAUAAAGGUCGUCUCCACUGCGACCCCACCUUUGAGCUGGAGGAGAUGAUCCUGGAGUCGCGCCCCCUUCACAAGAAGAAGAAGAGGCUGGCCAAGAACCGGUCUCGAGACAACAGCAAGGAUUCACAGUCUGAGAAUGACUACCUACAGGAGUGCCUUGAAGUGGUGCAGCAAGAGUUCAUGAUCUUCAACCGUGAGAAGUUGAAAAGGCGUCAGGAGGAGGGUCAGUCAGAGGCCGGGGGCGAUGAUGCAAGCGGAGACGGGGACGGAGAGGCCGAAGCCGGGGGCACUGACGAUGACGCGCCCGAGCCGGAGCCAGAUCCCGAGCCGGAGCCCGAGUCCUCCUCCAAACUGAGCAUGUGCGGCUCGGUCUGCUCCUCCCCCGGCAGCUGCUAGCGCCACAUCGCCUCACAGUGACGAUCGCAGGUCUCUCUGGCUGCUGCCAUGCCAAUAGAUACGUUCUCACCUCUCUUCUCUGUUGUAGCCAGGAGCGCAGGAAACGCACAGCAGGUUCGACUUGACGCACAGCAGGACCCAGUAUGGCUCCCACCAUUUUCCCUCCCUUUUCUGUUCUGUAGCAUCCUUCUGGUAAGGCAUGAAUGAAGCAGAUUGCCAGAGAGUCCCCGCCUACUGUACCCGUCCGCCCUAGACUAAGCUCUAACUUCUAUGCAAUGUUACAGUAUAGCAUGACAAAUAAGGUAUCACUUACUAUGAGGUGUUGUUCACAAGCAGAAAGCUCCACGAGCAUGAUGACAUCCCGAGCAAUAGCGGUCGGCAGUUUUUGGAGGGUUGGCGGUUUCGGUGGAGACGCCCUCUCAGCCUUCCUGUUCAAAAUCUGAUGGGGACGACUGAAUUAUUCAGCAGGCGCAGGCACUCAGAUUAUAUUAUUGCCUGUGUCUUCAGUUCGCUCUUCCCCUCAGCCUCUUUCAUGUUAUGUGUGCCCUAAUUCGGAACAACUGUUUUUCAUUUUCUCCUGGAGCACCUUCCUCGUGUUGCAACACCUUUCCAACACACAUUCGCAGCUAAGUGUUCAUGGUUGUUUGCAGUCGGCCAAGGAAGUGUGGCUGGUCUCAUGUUGUAAACCUGUUUUAAGUGGUGCCUGUUGAUGAUAAUCAGUAUUCGUUAAUCACAUUGUAGCCAUGGAUGCAUUAUAGGUCAAAAUGCUAAUUUGAAGUGUUAGCCGACUAUUCUUUUUCCAGGCUUUUUUAGGAUGUAAGGGGCUGUCAUUCAUGGCAAAUCAGUACAGCGAUCAGAAUGAAAGGUUUUGCUUGUCACUGUGUCUGUAAUGGUUACCAAGAUUUAGCAUUUUAGCCCUGUGCCACGCUCUGACUCAAAGAGCAUCCCAAAACUCUGCUCUGGGGAAUAAAUACCAGUCACCAACAAUCACACCUCUUAAGGAUCUAUUAGGAAGCUCUGUUUACUUCACUAGACGUCGUCUUCUCUUUAAGUGCUUGGUUAGAUCAUCUCCCUGUAGAGCUUGUUUUUGGGCUGUUCUUAAAUGUGUAGCUGUGCCCUGUUGGUACUUCAAAUCGUAUAGAUGAGCUAGUCUAUUACUGUCAUAGUGAUAGUGGUACAUUUAAGGUGGCACCAUUAAUCUCAGUCUGAACACCUGGGAACAUGUAGCAAAGGUCCACCUUAAAACCCUAAGGCCUAAUAAAAUGAAACCCAUGUAAAUAGCAUAAAGUGUAGGUAAUUAAACUCACCACAGUUUUAUGUGGGACUGCGAACUCGACAUAUAAACUAAAGGAAGAGCUGCGUGAAGCUUCACACUGCUUCGUUCUGCUCUUCUUUCCAAGUGUGCAGGCACAACUUGUAGGCAAGAUAUGCCAAAGCUUUUCUACCAUUUGCAUAACCAUUUCUAAGGAACUUUGAGUGUGUGAAUGUAUGUCUCUUUUUCCCAGUAUAACAUCAAGUCAGUGUUCCUCCUGCAAGUGAAAAUACUAUAA